AUGCUAAGCAAAGCAUUUGUGAUCAGUACUAUGCUUGGUGAAAAGGCAAUUUCCGAUGACAUUCUCCUUCACUCAUUCAAACAGUACCUUUCCAAAAGUGAAGAACAAGUUGUGUGCGAGGCAUUGGGUAGACCCGUGGAGGAAUGGGAUAGUGACGACAAAGAUGAUGAAGACCUUCUUGAACUGCUGGAUCGCUUUGGAUGCAGAAGUCUUCCAACCAAAGAGAACAUUAAGAGUCUGAUACUAGAAGUAGCUCAUAAGGAAAUCAUUCAAAAGGCACAAUAUGUGGCUGAUUGCUGGCAUUACAUUUUUAGAGGGUCCCUGGCAGAGGGUAAAUUAUCAACUCUAGAGGGAGUAUGUAGUGUUUACCAGUCGUUAGAGCCAACUACAAAGAAAGUGCUUGGCAUGCUUUGUGCUUUACCGGGCACUAAUGCGGUUCGUGGAAGGAAGACGAUUCAAAAAAUUUCAUCCACAAGCGAAAUGGCCUCUUUGAAUAUUGAACCUGCAAGUGAUGGUACAAACGCCAGUCUCCCUAAUAUUUUGACACCACCUCUCGCUGGUUGUGACCAAGAGCCAGAAGAGGUCACAGAAGAGGGGACACAACCCUUUGCGGAGCCUUGGGAGGAUAGUGAUUUGGUGCUUGUGGUGGAAGAUGAAAAGUUUCACGUCCAUCGACAGAUACUGAGCAUCCAUUCACCGGUUUUUAAAGCCAUGCUUACAACAAAGUUCAAGGAAGCAACAGCUAAAGAGAUCCCUUUACCAGGAAAAAAGGCUAAUGAAGUUUCAGAUUUCCUGAAACAAAUGUACUUAAAAGAGAGUGAUGGAGUCACAUUGACCAAGGCAGAGCAUCUCCUGAAGUUAGCCGACGAAUACCAAACCAAGUCGGUUUUUGAUCUUUGCGUUAACUACCUGAGGACUCUGCAGAGGUCUAAACACAACGCAAUCCGAAUACUCUUCCUGACAAAUGUUACCAUCAUGGUUAGGGAAGACGAAAGGCUGGACAGUGUUCGCAGCGAGUGCUACAACCUGAUAGAAAACAUGGCACUCAAAAAAAUCUCGAAGAAUGAGUAUUUCCAGAAUUUAGACAGCGAUAGCCUACAGAAUGUGUUUCUGCAAAAAGUUCAAAGGCUAGAGAAUUUACUUAGCGAGGUUCAUCCUCAGUUUAUUGGGUUGGUGGAGUUUUGUAUGACGUUGUGCCUAAAUUCAAAUCGGCAUAAUUCAAAAAUUAUUCGUUGUCCAGAGCAUUUUUCAAAAGACAAUAAAGCAGUAAUGGACCUCAAUUUUCGGAUGCAAAGCUGCGCUGUUUGUAGGAGCAUGAUCUCGCAGCUAGUUUCCCUAUCAAAUCCAGGAUUAAAAGUCUCGGCGUUGUUUCCCAGCGGAGUACACAGCUCUUUCGGCAAGACCUCUACUGGCCAGCGCCAGGAAGAAGAAUGUCUGUAUGGAGGCACUAGUCGUUUUGACUUCAAAUUAACAUCUGUUCUUCGAGAUCUUUGUAGUACUCACCGUGACAUUACUCUGGAAGAUUCACUUAGUCUCGGGUCAGCAUUUUCAUUUGGCUUUUAAAAAAGCUCAUAGAAAUCUAACCGCUGUGCAACUUCUUAUCCUUUAGCAGAACCUUAUCAAUAUUCAAACGGAAUUGCACCCUUUUUAUAAAUAAUGUAAAUUCAGUUUGCUCUACUCACAAUGUAAGAGCCCACAGAGAGCAUGUUUUUGAGCCAGUUGGAAAAUAUGAUUUAUGACCAAAUGUUAGAAUCAUUGCCUAGAUGUAAAUGAUGACUUGAUUAUCCUGACUUAGCGAGAUAGAAUGUGGUUAGUACAUAACCCAGUAACAAAGUUUCUUGAACUUUUUCUUCGCCUCUGCUGUGGGGAGAAGUAAAAAGCUUUACUUAUCCGGGCUGUUAACUAUGAAUGAGAUGCUACAAAUAAUAAAGA